CCGCGGCCCCCGCGCUGCUCCCGCGGUGCCGCCGAGCCAUGGAGGGCUUCGUGGACUUCACCAACCGCAGCCAGGGCCGCGACCAGCUCUUCCGAGCCACUCAGUACACAUGCAUGUUGCUUAGCUAUUUAAUAGAGAAUAAAGACGAUAAAAAGAAGCUGGUAAUGAAACUCAAGCAGUUGGAAUCUAGCAUGAGCUCUGGCCGGAAAAUGUUCAGACUGGGCAACACGGUGCAUGCCUUGGUGGCAGCCAGGAAAGCUGCAGAGCUGCCAGACGUGGUUACUCGCCUGUGCCUGAUGGCCUCGCACCUGAGCCGGGCCCUGUACCUCAUGUGUGACACCGUGCUGUGGCUGAGGAGCGUCGGGCUCCAGCCACACAUCGACAAAUCCAAGUGGCACAACUGGGCUACCAAGUGCUACUACUGCUCACUCCUGAUGAAUCUGGCCAGGGACUGGUAUGAGAUCUCCUGGAGGCUGGAACAAGCUGCACUGGAAGAGAAGACAAAGGAGGAUUCCUCCUGGCAGAAACACAGUGAGGAACUAGGUGGUGUGAAAAGUGAUGGUUUGCACAAUUUUCUCCACCAGCUCUUCCAGAUACUGAAAAGGAAUCCUCCUGUGCUGCUGGACUUGGUGAAGAACCUCUGUGAUCUCUCAGGCCCUUUGGAUACACUGGGAAUCUACAAGAGCAGCCCAGGAGUGAUUGGCUUCUGCGGCCUCCUCUCCUCCCUGGUGGGCAUCCUCACAUUAGCAAGCCCACAUCUGAAGCUGAAACAGUGAGCUGCAUAAAAGGAGAUGCAUAGUAUUUGAGCUUUGAUCCUCUGAUAGAUUUUUAUCUUCAUAUGGCACUUUCGAAUGAACAUUUCUUAAAAUAACCUCAAGAUUAAUUUUGUCCCUUGAAUAAGUGCAUUCUGCCCUUUUUCCUUCCCUGUGCCUUUGCAGAUGAGUUUGGUGCCCUAACACGCUCCCUGAUGGAAUGGAAAGAUGAAAAGGCCAAAUAAUAUUUCACAAACAAAAAGAGGACUUGGAACUUGGCUGCUAGAUAAGAAAAUAUUCCUUUAUUUUAAUACAGGGUUGUGAAAUAGCUGCAUAGGCAAAUGCAAUAGGUAUAUGACUUAUUACUACACUAAUCAUGUUUACACUGGAAAGUUUUAAUUCACUAAUCCAAGGUCCCUACAGUCAGAUUGUCUAGAGUGGGCUAAGGCAGGUUAGAAGCUGCAGUUAGAGUGGCCUGAAGUCAGGGAUGAGUGUUGUUAAGGGUUUGGGUUGACAGAUCCUCUGUCCUGCAGGCACUGAGUGCACUGUGAUGGUACCUGGAAAUGGUGUCUGUGGUGUGUGCACUGGGGAUGCUGGAGCUGCAGCCUAGGGAGUGCCAACUCCUGUCCCAAGAAAUCUGCACUUUCUUUGUUUCCUUUGAUACUGUGAGCCAAGGACUGUUGGCCAGUGACUCUGACUGCUCCAGCAGGCCACAGCUGAGGGCUUUGGUGCACGACAGCACAUUAACUCCCAAACCCCUGUAAUUGCAAGUACAAUUAUUUUCCAUUAAUGAUAUUGUGAUAAGGAGCUUGUUUUUUCCUCUUUUAAUUUUACAUGAAAAAUUCCAGAUGGUUGGGGAUAGAAGCAUCAUAAAGUCACCCCAGGACAUUAAUAAGGAGUUUGGAACAUGUAGUUAAGGAGAGAAGCCUGGCUCAGAGCUCUUUGAGCCAGAAAAACUGCAAGGACGUCUUUCUAGUUGUGUAAGCUCCAGGAGGGAAGAGAAUGGAAUCGGUGAUGAUAACAUCAGAACCUCGUGUCAGAAGAAAGCUUUUUACUGGAUUUGGGCAUUCAUGGUGUAGACUUUCCUAUCUGGUGCUCCCUUAUCCUCCCUGCUCAUGAGCACACGAUUGCUUGUGUGUUCCCUCUCUGGCUGAAUGGGUUCAACCAUUUGAAAAUGCCUUGUGCUUGCCCUGCAAUUGUUGUAGUUCAUUACUGACCUCACUGGCAGUGUAAGUGGGUUAAAGGAGAAAUGCUGUGUCCAGCUGUCUAGCAUGGCAUGCAGUUUUUGCUGCUCCUGACUUUGCAGAGUUGACACCAUCUGAGAGAAAAUUGCACAUUAUAUAGAAGAUAAAUUUAACUUAUUUCUUCUUCAGAGUUAGGCCUGUGUGUUCUGCUGCUUCCUGGUGUAAGAAGUCCUUGUUUAAUCUGUCAAGGAGGUAUGAACAGACUACUCUAACCUGGACCAAGGUGCUCUCUUAUUAUUUCUGAUGCUAUCUAAAAACAGAAAAUUAGAAGACGUGUGUCUCCUUUAUUAAAAGGCAAAGGAUGUGGAAUUAAAUAGGCAGGUGAGGCAGUGUUCCAGUUUACCUGAAGUUGUGAUUGGGCUUGGAAUUACUUCCAGUUUGAAUAUGAAGUGAUAGCCUGCCAAUGAAGUGUUUGAAAAUAAAGAGGUUGCUGGGCAGGAUAAUUGUGUUUGAAGACCAGAUGUGACCUUCAGCAGCUCUUCUUUUUAAUAUGGAAAUGAGUAGGACUUAAAGUAGAGCAUACUGGCAGUUCAGGCCAAAAUGGAGCAUUGUGUGUGGAAUAUAUAUUAUAGGCUAUAUUCUAGGCUUCCUCUCCUUUAUGACCAUGGAUUUUUUGGAGGUUUUUCUCCAUUUGUCUUUCAUUUCCUGGCAAUGUGGAAUCCAUCCCUACCUUGGUCAGAGUUAUCCCAGUAUGUAGCAGCCCCUUGAAGAAAGGAAGAGGAGCCUUGAUCAUCUGACAGUGGAGGUUUGAACAGCUUUUGUCUACAGAAUUCCAUCUUAUUGCUAAAAAUGUGUCUUCAGUUCUACUCAGGGGAGCUCUCAGAUGCAAAAUACUUCACAAAAUACUUUCACUGGUUUGCCAACUGCUUUCCCUUUCUCUCUUACACUUUUCAGGGAGAGCAAUUGUAUCCCAGUCUCCACCUCCCUGUGCCCUGCAGGCAAACAUUGUGGAAAGCCUUGAGCCAGGCUUUCACUUUUCUCCCAUAGGGCCUGGUGUGGAUUAGCAUGCACAGCCUUAUUGAGGGGAAUGGGGCUGAGUUUUCAGCCUGUCUCAGCCCUACCUGUCCCAUUCUCCAUGAUGUAGGCUGGAACACACAGGAGUUCCUCUGUUUACUGGAUGUUAAGCACAAAUAUUUGCCUUCUGCUCCCCAGCUGGAGGCUGGUGAUUUAAGGUACUUUAAUAUAAUGUGACUGAAGCCAUAGGAUUGUGAUCAUAUGGAGAAAAUCCUUUUAGUGCCUUUUUUUGUAUCUGUUUCUAAUACAGCAGUUGGAGUAAGAACAAGGUGUUUGAACAUAAGUA